GCCAUGGCGUGCCCGGCCGCUGGGAUGGUGCCGGUGUUGCCGGGGCUCUACGUGGGCGGCGCGGGGUCGUGCUCGUCCCCGGAGUCGUUGGCGGCGGCGAGGGUGGUGGCGGUGCUGACGGUGGACGCGGAGGAGCCGCCGGCCGUGCCGGGGUUACGGGCCAUGCACGUACGGGCGCUGGACGAGCCCCACGCCGACCUGCUGAGCCGCCUGGAUGAGUGCGCCGUCUUCAUCGGCGCCGCAAGGGCGGGCGGCGGCGCUGCCCUCGUCCGCUGCCAGGCCGGGGUGAGCCGCAGCGUGGCCGUGGUGACCGCCUACCUCAUGAAGACACAGGGACUCGGCUGGGAAGAAGCCUACGCCGCCGUCAGGGCCGCCAAACCCGACGCCGAGAUGAACCCGGGUUUCCAGGCGCAGCUGAAGCUCUACGAGGCCAUGGGCUGCGCCGUGGACAGCAGCAGCGCCCUCUACAAGCGGUACCGGUUGCAGAUGCUCACGGAGAGGUACCCCGAACUUCGAGACGUGCCCCGAGAGGUCUUUGCUGUUGAUCCAACCAGUGUAUGUCAGGCUCCAAACACAGAGGUUCUCUACAGGUGCAGGAAAUGCAGGCGUGCUCUGUUCCGUAGUUCCAGCAUCCUGUCCCACACAGAAGGAAGUGGCCCGACAGCCUUUGCCCACAAGAGGAUAACGGACUCUGCUCAGCUUUGUGGUGACACCCAUGAGAAGUGUACCUCUUACUUCACUGAGCCUGUGCAAUGGAUGGAGCCAGCAUUGCUCGGAGUAAUGGAAGGACAGCUGCUGUGUCCCAAAUGCACAUCGAAGCUGGGCUCCUUCAGCUGGCGGGGUGAGCAGUGUUCCUGCGGCCGCUGGGUGACACCUGCCUUCCAGAUCCACAAAAGUCGUGUGGAUGAAGUGAGAACGCUGCCGGUCGGGAACUUCCACAGUGCCAAAACCUGAACUGCUCGCUUCUCUCGAUGGAGUUCUUACCAUCCACAGAGAGCUGCCAGGCUGCAGUCGCCAGGGCUGAGCUUGUCCCCUCCACCCCUUUGUGAGGCAGUGGAAUUACUUGCGUAUCUGCUCUGAUCAAGCUUGCUGUAUCUCUAAUAUGUAUAUAAAAAUAGCAAAACACUUCCAUCAAA